UGUCUGUGAGCUCCAAUUUCUGCCUGCCCAGGCUGUGCCUCUGUCUCUCUUACUGACAGUCUCUCUCACUGAGUCUCACACUAUAGCGACAAUGCAAACCUCCAGACAUAGUACAUACUCUGUGCGCUCCUCCACUAGUAGCAGGGCUCCUGCUAUGUCCAUCACUCGCACCUCUGCUCCGGUCUACAAAUCCAGCAGCAUUCAUGGUGGGGCCGGUGGGACCAAAAUCAGCGUCUCCUCCAGCUACCGCAGUGGCCUGGGAUCCAGCAUGGCAGCUGGCUCUGGAGCAGGAGGCUUCUCCAGCAGCAUCCAGGUGAGCGGGAACAGCGCCGACAUCAUGGGCAACGAGAAGUUUGCCAUGCAGAACCUGAAUGACCGCCUGGCCAGUUACCUGGAGACGGUGAGGAACCUGGAGCAGGCCAACCUCAAGCUGGAGAUUAAGAUCAAGGAGGCCCUGGAGAAGAGCGGACCCGACUUCAGAGACUACAGCAAGUACCAGGCCAUCCUGGAUGACCUGCGGAAGAAGGUGUUUGAUGCCACUAUCGACAAUGCUCGUCUGGUUCUCAACAUCGACAACGCUCGCCUGGCGGCUGAUGACUUCCGAGUGAAAUAUGAGUCCGAGCUGGCCAUCCGCCAGUCUGUGGAGGCCGACAUUGUUGGUCUGAGGAAAGUCAUCGAUGAUACCAACUUGACCCGCAUGAACCUGGAGAGCGAGAUCGAAGCACUGAAGGAGGAGCUCAUCCACCUCAAGAAAAACCAUGAAAAUGAAGUUAUCGAGCUUCGUAACCAGAUUGCCCAGUCUGGAGUCCACGUGGAUGUCGACGCUCCUAAAGGCCAGGAUCUGGCUCAGAUCAUGGCAGAAAUCAGGGCCAAGUAUGAGAAGAUGGCACAGAAGAACCAGGAAGAAUUGAAAGCAUGGCAUGAAUCUCAGAUAACAGAAGUGCAGACACAGGUGACCCAGAACACAGAGGCCCUGAAGGGUGCCCAGACAGAGGUGCACGAACUGCGCAGACAGAUACAAACGCUGGAGAUUGAACUGGAAUCACAGAAGAGCCUGAAAGCCUCUCUGGAGGGCACGCUAAGGGACACGGAGCUCCGUUACAACAUGGAGAUAGAGUCUUUAAACACCAUCAUCCUGGGCCUGGAGGCAGAGCUCACACAGCUGCGAAGCAAAAUCCAGUUGCAGACGCAGGAUUACGAGGCCCUGCUCAACACAAAGAUGAAGCUGGAGGCUGAGAUCGCAACAUACCGACGGCUGCUGGACGGUGGAGACUUCAAGCUCCAGGAUGCUCUGGAAGAGCAGAAAACAACAGUGACCAAGACCAAAAAAGUGAUGACCGUCACACAGACGCUGGUGGACGGCAAGGUGGUGUCAUCCAGCACAGAGACCAAGAACCUCUGAAUGCAAGGAGCAAGCAGCUGAUUCUCUCACCAGUCACUGUCACAGCAUUAUAACACUAGCAUACAACUGGUCAAAUUUUACCUCUUUGCUUCUUAGUGAUAGAGCACUAACAACAAUAAGACCCUUCAGCCGUCGCUACCAAUAGUUUUACUUCCUGGGUAUACAGCUCUCCCACAGGCUGCUAAAAAACUGGAUCAAAAGAAAACAAAAUCAUUUUUUAUUUAUUUCAUCAUGAGUUAUUUAUGUGUUUGUGUGUCGACAUGCAGAUGUUUACAAAAGUUUCAAAUUGGAGAACUUUUUCAAAAAAAACAAAAAGAUUCAAGACGUUAUUUCAAAGUCAUAAAAUUCUCAGAAUAAAUGAAAUUAUUUUUAUAUUUCAUCAUCUUUUUUGUUUUCUUUCUGUCCAGUUAUGUCUGCCUGCUUUGCUGUUAUGUUCAGACAUUUCAAUAAAGUCCAUCUGAAAUUGUACUUGCUAUCACGGCGUCUUGUUCAUUCAGAAAUCGCUCGAGAUCCAGAUUUGUUUAGUCUGCUGAGCAGACAAGUAAACAGGAACCCCAAACCCCUGUUCCCAUUAACACACACUGAAGCAGUUUAAAAAUAUUAAUAACAUAAUAAGAGGAAUGGGAGAUAAGAAUAAGAUUAAGAUAACAUAACAACAUUGUUCGCAUAAUUGAGCUCCAGGCUCUUCCAAAGCGUUCACUGAACCCCUCAGCUGAAUUGUACUGACAGACAACAUUUACCAUUUGAAGUUAUACAGUUUAGAGUAUUUAGGGUUUAACACUUCACGGGCAAUAAAUUACUGCAGUAACAACCAAACUUGAGCUAAUUAUUCAGCUGAUGGUAGUAUAGUGAAAUAACUAGCAAACCUAAGUAAGAGUCUGAUGGAGACUGACCUUCGCUCCUGUUAUUCAUCAUAUACCUGUACACUGGAUUAAUAUUGCUGCCUUUUGCAGUACUAUUAUGAAUCCAAAUGUAAGAUAAUUCCUACUUUUACAACUGAGUGUCUGACUUUUCUUGUUAUAUAAUUAUAGAUAUUGUGUGUGAGUGCACCACAACUUUCCCUCUCUGUCACGGUUUGUGCCUUUUAUGAAUCACCAAAGUAAGAAAAUCCCCACACCUGUGAAAGUUGGUGCCAGUACUUACGUUCUGAAACCAACCCGUUGUAGUAGUCCUUGUUCUAGGUCUAAGCAUCUACUGCUUCCAGAUGAGCGUCUGGUCUUUUUAAUUUACCAAUUGCUUUUGACUUUUCUCUGGAAACAUACAAGCACCAAGUCUCUCCCAGAAAGGACUAUUUAGUUCACUUAUCAUUCUUUGACUUUCCAGCUUUUAAUUGAUGCUGUUUAUGAGUACCACGUCAACUAAGCUAGGUUUUAAUGCACACUGCAGCCUAUAGACUCACUGCAUCUCAGACAGUACAAGCCAAAUCCCAACAAAAGGAGAGAAAGAAAGAAACUAUGCCAUUUUAAGGAAAAUGGUCACUUAUUUUGAUUUUGACGCCAGCAGAAAAAUUGUCUCAAAAGAAGUUGGGACAGGGAUAACACAAGACCAGAAGAGUAAGUGGGAGUAAAAAGGAAAAGCUGCAAGAACGUCUAAUUAGGGUAACUGCCUUCCUCUUGUCUGUUAUUCAAUCUUGCUGUCUUGCUGUUUUUAUUUUUUAUUUUAUUUUAUUUUUGAUUUUGAUUUUUGAUUUUUCCAUGAACAGUUGGUGUAGCGCACCCACAAUUUUGUUGUACAUGUACAAUGACAAUAAAAGGCUAUUCUAUUUUCUGAUUAUUAUAAAAACACUUUCAGAAAAAUGUACAACAUAAAGUUGUGAAAAAUUGUGUUAGGGGGAAAGUAAGGGUUAGAGAUGCUGCGAUUCUCAAGAAGAGGAUGGACCAAGAUUAAAAUGCACUACAAUGAUGGGAUGAGAAAAGUACAGAGAAGAAAUGAACCGCUCACGAUCCAAUACACGUCAAAUCAUAUGAAAUCCUAUGUUUAAAAAGAAAUUUCUGUAAUUCCUAAACAAUUCAUGAAAUAUUUAAAUCC